CUCUGGUGCCGAGGGUAACUUCAUGAACCACCAACUGGCCAGACAACUCCAGAUCCCAAUAGAACCCCUGGAUAACCCUGUCAAACUGUCUGCUGUGGAUGGGAAACCAAUUGGACAGGGAACCAUUUCCCACACCACCGUUCCUGUCAGAAUGAACGUCAGCGCUCUGCACUCUGAGGAGCUCAGUGUGUCCUAGGUUAUCAACCUCCGCUCAUGCCAUGGUCAGCUGAACCUUCUGAUAUCCCUGCUGUAGAUCAGUGGAUGCGCCGUAGCGAGGAGGUGUGGGAGGAGACUCACAGACGUAUAGAAGCCGUGUUAGAACAACACAAACAGCAGGCUGAUCGUCAUCGUCGUGAGGCCCCGCUCUACUCCCCAGGAGAUCGCGUUUGGCUAUCUACCAGGGAUUUCCGGCUCCCCGAAGGCAACAAAAAAUUAUCAGUUAAGUUUAUUGGCCCUUUUAAAAUAAUCAAAAGAAUCAACGAAGUUACAUACCGUCUUGAAUUACCUUCUAAUUAUCGUGUCUGUCCUUCUUUCCAUGUUUCUUUACUUAAGCCGGUUAUCCCUGGUCCGCUGGAUGAGACCUCGCAUGGGGUGCUGCCUCCUCCGCCUGUGCUCAUGGAUGGUGGACCCGUCUACGCGGUGGAGCGCCUGUUAGACUCCAGAAGGAGGAGGGGAGCCCUGGAGUACCUGGUUGAUUGGGAAGGCUACGGACCUGAGGAGAGAAGCUGGGUUACUGCAGCAGACGUCCUUGACCCAUUGUUGGUGGAAGAAUUCCAUCGGUCGCAUCCGUCUCGUCCAGCACCACGCCCUCGGGGUCGUCCAAGGAGGAGGUCUCCUGACCCUGGAAGGGGUAGGCGCUAUAGGUCUGCUGCUACUCGGUCUCUCAGUUCCGUCCGCGGCUCCAGGAGGGGUCGUCCCAGGACCAGGGGUCGUCCCAGGACCAGGGCUCCUGUUCAGGCUAUCCCCGCUUCGGGUUCUCGUGUCCGUCGGGCCUCCGGGCGGAGAGGGGCGGUUCCUGUGUGUCGUCCUCGUCCUUCGGUUCUUUCGGACUCCUCGGGGGGAGGUACUGUCAGGUCUCUAGGAUCUCCUCUCACACACCCGAACUCUAUUUCCCAAAAUCCCACUGGCCAUGACGUCACCGUCAGCCGCUCACUCUCACCCAAUCGCGUUACGCUCCCCCGUUCAGAGUCACCUGUAUUCUAAGAAGUUCCGGUUCAUAGUAAUUCCAUGUUUUGUAUAUAUAGGGUUCGGUUAACGUCUGUUCUUCGCGAGGUAUUGCCGACUCAUGUUGCGUACUGAGCGUUAUUCCAAACCCUUUUCUGUCUGCCCUUUUGUUAUGAUCUUUUUGCCUGUAUUACGGAUUUUGCCUUUUGUCUUUGCCCUUAUUGGAUUUGUUAUAUUAUCGGACUGUCUCUCUGGCUUUGGAUCUUGGACUGUCUCCUGUAUUACG